AAUACGUUCCAUUUACCGUGUACCGCGCAGCAGUGCCACAAGAGUGAAAAAAAGAGUGUCGAAGAAUCUUCCCGCAGCAGUGGCCGUGGUGCGGAAGAAGCGCUUGAAAAACACUAACGGGAAUCGACAGACCCGGUCCAGCUCCGCGUAAAAUCGGCCCUCGUUGGUUCGUCCACUUCCGGCAGGAACAGAUCCUUUUUCUUUUCCGCUAGUGUCACUUUUUUCUGGUGUGGGUGUGUGUGUGUGCGUGCUGCACACGCUUGACAGAACGGGACAGCAGCGCAUUGUUUGGCUGAGUGUGUACGUGCGUGCGUGUGUGUGUUUGUGUCUGGAGGAGAGGCUUUUGGCUCGUGAUAGAGGAAACUUCCCGCAGGCAGUAGAAGCAGCUCCCCCGGGGACCUAGCCCGGACCGUGUGUGUGUGUGUGUGCUCCGACGUACGCUCUGCCACCCCGCGCAUCCCGGAAGAGCUGCACAACUGGCGCCUGUGUCGAGAUACAACAGUGCCUCCUUUCGCUUCCGCGAGUGGAACUAGCAAACUCGACUCGACCUCUUCACAACAAACUUUGUGUGUGUGCGCGUGCGCGGCUAGGUUGGUAGCAGGUUCCUCGGAGGUCCAUUGUGGCUGACGACACGGCGGCCGCCGAAGCAAACCAGCAGCAACGACGACGACGACGCAAAUCGAGGGAGGAGGAAGACGACGGAAGUAACUACGGGGCGGACCGAGGCCAGCAACUGCGACCGGAUGAAAACGAGAAAGAAUCUGACGACAGUGACAGCAGCAGCAUUGGAGGAAGACGAGUUACGACAAAAGCAACAGGCGAUAAUAGUGCUACAGAGUUAAGUGAGUCGUCCAGGAGGGAGGAAGACGGGACAGAGGAUUCGAAAAAGGACGACGACGAGGAGAAGGAAGAAGGACAGACUAGGAACCGGACGGAAGGGCAGGAAUUGCAACAGCAUCAGCAGAAACAAGAGAAGCUUAAGCCCCAGAUCGUGGUGCAGGCAAUGCCAUCGGCAGUCAGCGGUGGCGGAAAUCAUACAGGCGGCGGUGGUGGCGGCGGGGGCGGCAAUGGCAACAACAUGAACCCGCAAACGAACGAAGAAUGCGGCAUCCGGGACGUUUGGCGACACAAUCUGGACGAGGAGUUCCGCACGAUCCGACACAUUGUCCAGAAGUACCACUACGUGGCGAUGGACACCGAGUUCCCCGGGGUGGUGGCCCGGCCCGUUGGCGAGUUCCGCUCGUCCGCCGACUACCAGUAUCAGUUUCUGCGCUGUAACGUGGACCUGCUGCGGAUCAUCCAGCUCGGGUUGACCUUUAUGGACGAGGAAGGUCGAACGCCGCCCGGCUUCUCCACGUGGCAGUUCAACUUCAAGUUCAACCUCAACGAGGACAUGUACGCGCAGGACUCGAUCGAUCUGCUGCAGAACUCGGGCAUUCAGUUCAAGAAGCACGAAGAGGACGGCAUCGACCCGCUGGACUUUGCCGAACUGCUGAUGACGUCGGGGAUCGUGCUGAUGGACAACAUCAAGUGGCUCAGCUUCCACUCGGGGUACGACUUUGGCUAUCUGCUGAAGCUGCUGACGGACCAGAAUCUGCCGGCCGAGGAGAGUGACUUCUUCGAACUGCUGCGAAUCUACUUCCCCACGAUCUACGACGUCAAGUAUCUGAUGAAGAGCUGCAAGAACCUCAAGGGCGGUCUGCAGGAGGUCGCCGACCAGCUGGAACUGCGCCGCGUUGGACCCCAGCACCAGGCCGGCUCGGACUCGCUGCUCACCGGGAUGGCCUUCUUCAAGAUGCGCGAGAUGUUCUUCGAGGACAACAUUGACAACGCCAAGUACUGCGGCCACCUGUACGGUCUCGGCACGUCGUUCAUCGUGAAUGGUAGCAACAACAGCAACAACACGAUCAGCAGCGGCGGCGGCGGCGGCAACAACACCAACAACAGUUCCAGCACAGCGGGCUCGAACGCAAACAGCGCAAACACCGGCGGUGGCGGUUCCGGCGGGGCACGGGACGGCGCCAACACCGGAUCGACCGGAGGAAACAGUAACAGCAACAGCAACCAGAACAACAGCAGUAGCAACAACAGCAACAACAACAACACUAGUAACAACAACAACAACCACGACAACGGUGAAUCGAACGCGACGUCCUGAUUUCGUCUGCUGACGAGGUAAAUGGGGAGAUGGAACGAAACCGUUGCUGAAGAUUCAAACGGCACGACACACACAAACGCAUUAUAACCAGCAGCAAGUACUCUUCUCUUACUAAAAAGCAAACGCAAGAAACAAAAAGAAACAACUAUUUAUUGAACACACAAACAACACACACUCACAGCUUUAUUACUAUCAAACUAUAAUCGAUAUACUCGAGUAAUUAGAGACUCUCGCUUCAAGCUCUAUAUCGGAAGCGCGAAUGUUUAUCUAAUUUUAAGGCAAGGAAAGGAAUAAACAUUUUAAUCGAUGAACUUUUUUCAAGUUGUGCAGAAAUUGUACCAAUUUAUUUUUUGUGUGACUUUAAUUAUUUCUUUUGAGUUGUUUUGUACAUUAUUUUGUUUUAUCGCACCUUUGACGAAUACCUUACUAGAUGAGCGUUUAAACAUAUUUUCUUUUUCCUGUUUCUGUUUGAUGAUAAAACGCUAGGUGAAAUAGAGGAUUCAAAGUGAAUUUAUUUUUGGGCAUUUUUUCUCAUACAUUAACUAAAUCUAACUAAACUAUGGUAAAGCACACAAACACACAUUUAAUGAACUAUAGGACGACGAGCAGCAGACUCGGCAUAUAAAUAGUGCGAAGAAAAGAGAAGAGAACGAGGUUUUCUGGUUUUGUAGAAUAGUUUUCUUAGUAAGAGGAGGCAGAAAAGUAGAAGCGUGCGCAUGGAGGGACAAACUUGACUCGAGACACACAAAUCUAGACGGAAAUAAAAAGAAAUAAAACAACAUUUGUGAGUUAUAAAAUAAAACAAAAGGACGACGACGAAAAAGAAGAGAGGAAGAAGAAGUGGAGAUAAAAGGCAACCACAAUAGUAAAAUACACAAAUUCACUUAAAGGCAUGAACAAAGUUACACUUUUUAGCUGCAGCAAACUUCAAUAGUCAAAUUGCGAAUAAACAAUUGACGAACAGCAAGCAACAACAACACACACACCAGCAAACCGGAAGCAGCCACAUCAACCUGGUGGGGCGAGCUCAACACGCAAAAAAUAUACAUUGAAAUAAAAAGUUUUAUUAAUUCUGAAAUUAUUCAAAUUUAAA